UGUAAGCGCGGAGAGCCAGACCAGGGAAGAGCACAGAUCUCCAGACCCGCAUUAAGCUGCAAGAUGAUGACCGCAGAAGAGAAUUCGAGUCAAAGCCCCGCGGCACAUCCAGGGCGUCCAGAGAAAUGUUGUCCGGUUGUCAUUGACGACGUCCCCCUGAACGGCCCCUCCCUGAACAUCCCCGACGCAGAGGAGUUCAUCCAGCGGUCGCUGGCCGUUAUCAUGGAAGAUGCGGUGAAAAAGGCCACGGAUGUCAGAGAGAAGGUGUGCGAGUGGAAGUCUCCCGAGCAGCUGAAGGAGCUGCUGGACCUGGAGCUGAGAGAGCAGGGAGAGACGGAGUCCAAGACCCUCCAGCGGUGCAGAGAUGCCAUCAGAUACAGCGUCAAGACCACACAUCCCCGUUUCUUCAACCAGCUGUACGCCGGCAUGGAGCCCUACUCCAUGGUGGCCAGCUUCAUCGUGGAGGCCCUCAAGCCCAGUCUGUACACGUAUGAGGUGUCCCCGGUGUUCACCCUGGUGGAGGAGGCUGUGCUGAGGAAGAUGAUGGAGAUCGUCGGCUGGGCGGAGGGAGGAGACGGGAUCUUCAACGCAGGGGGCUCCAUGUCCAACAUGUACGCCAUGAACUUGGCCCGGUACCAGCACUGCCCCGACCUGAAGGAGCUGGGUCUCUCCGCCGCUCCGCGGCUGGCUGCCUUCACGUCGCAGGAGUGUCAUUAUUCAAUUUCCAAAGCUGCUGCUUUCCUGGGAGUCGGUACGAAGAAUGUCUACGUGGUGCCGGCUGAUAAGAGAGGGAAGAUGAUUCCUGCGGCUCUCCGGGAGCAAAUAGAGUUGGCUAAGAGUGAGGGCGCGGUUCCCUUCAUGGUGAACGCCACGGCGGGGACCACGGUGUUGGGAGCGUUCGACCCCAUCGACGAGAUCGCCGACGUCUGCGAGGAGCACGGCCUGUGGCUGCACGUGGACGCGUGCUGGGGAGGGGCAGCUCUCAUGUCCAGGAAGCACAAGCACCUGCUGAAGGGCGUGCAGAGAGCCAACUCCGUUGCCUGGAACCCUCACAAGAUGCUGAUGGCGUGUUUGCAGUGCUCCGCGUUCCUGGUCAGAGACAAGACGAGCCUCCUGCAGCGCUGCCACUCCGCCCAGGCCUCCUACCUCUUCCAGCAGGACAAGUUCUACGACGUCAGCUACGACACGGGGGACAAGUCGGUCCAGUGCAGCCGGAAGCCCGACGCCUUCAAGUUCUGGCUGAUGUGGAAGGCCCUGGGGACCCGGGAGCUGGAGCAGAGGGUGGACCGGGCCCUGGCCAUGGCCAGGUAUCUGGCACUUCAAGUCAAAGAGAGAGAAGGGUUUCGUCUGCUGAUGGAGCCUGAAUAUUCAAAUAUUUGCUUCUGGUACAUCCCACCGAGUCUGAGGAACCUGCCUGAAGACGCCGACUUCUGGAAGAAGCUGCACAACGUGGCGCCAGUGAUCAAGGAGCGCAUGAUGAAGCGGGGCAGCAUGAUGGUGGGCUACCAGCCCCACGGGGGCAAGGCCAACUUCUUCAGGAUGAUCGUCAUCAGCCCGCAGGUCAGCCGGCAGGACAUGGACUUCGUGCUGGACGAGAUUCACGACCUGGGGAAGGACUUGUGAUGAUCGGCCAGGUCUCCAGCUGGGGGACACGGACCCGUCUGACCGUCUGACCCGUCUGACCCGUCUGACCGUCUGACCCCUCUCACUACCACCACACACUUUCUUCCACAGGGAACUUCCUCUGUGGUUGAAAAAGGGACAUUUUCUUUACCUUGAAACCUCCUGGAUGUAAUAUAACGUUUGCAUUUGUUUUUAUAACUGUGUUUAUUUUCAAAUUCCACACUCAUUAAAAUGUUGUUUACUUGUAAUUCCUGCAGAGCAGCUGUUUAUAUUGAUCUGUGUUAGGGCUGGGGAUCCAUUCAAAUGUCAAG